GCUGGUGACAACAUUCGAACCGGAAGUUGUUUCUUCUCCUCCGGAAGCUUCCUCCGCUUCAACACAACAACAACAAGCAGGAUGGCGGCGACGGACGGAGAAAGAAACCCUGAAACCGGCCGACUGGAGUUCUCCGUGGAGGUUCCCUUCCCAUCGGCGCGCGAGGCCACGGUCGCCCUGCGCUCUCUGGCGCCGGACGCCGAGCCGAGGAAAGGCGGCAUCAGCAAACAGCUCGCGGUGACCGGCAGCACGCUGUCUGUGAGGUGGAGCGCCGAGGAGGCUCGGAUCCUCCGAGUGUCCGUGAGCUCGUUUCUGGACCACCUGGCGCUGGUCGCGGAGACCAUGGAGAUGUUCGGCCCGCCGGUUUCCCAGUGACGCCCGCCGCACGCACGCACGCACGUUCGGGACCAUGUCCCACCCUCUGGUCCUCCUCAAUCUGGGGACACUGGCUCAAACUGUGAGCAUUGAAGAGAAGGGCAAGUCUGAGCAACGGGCAGCUGGUACCGUGUGACGAUGCCGUUGCCGCCUUGUUUUUCAGACCGUAGUUUGAGAAAAUGUGAUGUGAAUAUUUUCUGGACUCAGUUUUCUGGACUCAAGGUCUGUUGGUGUUUAAGGUUCCAAAUGGAAAUGGUAUUGUAGGCCCUUAAAGUCAUGGAACAGUGUGUGUGGGGACCCAGAACGUUUGAAUGUGUGUUAUAAAUAUUUUUGGUCCAUCGUCAGCCUGCCUGACAGGGAGGUGAACAAAAGUCUCAAAUAAACCAAACUAACUAUUGGAGAUGGAAACAGA